CUCGGAAAGACAUCCAGUCCGGCCGGCCAGGCCAGCCAGCCAGCCCAAAUUAAGGUUAUCGGUUAUCUUAGAUUUGGCUGAUGGUAUCAUAUCACUUGGCAUCCAUCUUGUCCCAUCUGAUAAAGAUAACGAUAAGCUUGUGCCACGGCGGAGAAAAAUCCUUAUCGCGCCGUAGUGGGGUGUGAAACAAACCCCUCCAUCCGCAUCGGUCAUCCAUCGGAAUCGUAAAUUUAGAGUCGGUCGUCGUCGUCGUUCGUGACCCCCCGCCAAAUCCGGACCAUCUCCCCACCUUAAUCCGCACGCACGCAACGCAACGUCACGUCAUUCACUCUCCCCCCUCAAUCUAAAAAUUGAGGAAAACGUCCGAGCGUAUCGUACCGUAUCACUCACUCAAUCAAAUGGACAACCGUACGAUUGGAAUUCUGGGAGGCGGUCAGCUCGGGCGAAUGCUGGUGGAGGCGGCGCACCGUCUCAAUGUCAAAACACUCAUCCUCGAUGCGCCGGGCUCGCCCGCGAAACAGAUCAACGCGCUGCAUGCGCACGUCGACGGCUCGUUCGCGUCCGCCGACUCGAUCCGCGAGAUCGCCGCGCGCUGCGACGUCCUCACUUACGAGAUCGAACAUAUCGAUACCAAGGUGCUCGAGGAGCUGGAUGCCGCUGGGACUGUUGAGCUACAACCGUCUUGGAAAACUGUUAGAGUCAUCCAGGAUAAAUACCUCCAGAAGGCGCAUCUGAUCGAGGCGGGGGUUAACACCGCCGAGUCCCUUCCCGUCACUGCCGCCACACCGGAAGGGCUCGUGGAAAUUGGAGCCACUCUGGGGUACCCGUUCAUGCUCAAGUCCCGCACGCUGGCUUACGACGGCCGUGGAAACUACGUGGUCAAGAACGCCGAUGCGAUCCCGGGUGCGCUCGAGGCGCUCAAGGACCGCCCGCUAUACGCUGAGAAGUGGGCGGCGUUCACGAAGGAGUUGGCCGUGAUGGUCGUGAGGACUAAGACCGGAGAGUGCAUCAGCUACCCGACGGUCGAGACGGUCCAUGAAGACAACAUCUGCAAGCUCGUGUACGCACCUGCGAAUGUUGGCGCCGGCACCAGGGAGAAGGCGAGGAGGCUGGCGGAGAAGGCGGUGGGAAGCUUCUGGGGUGCUGGUGUGUUUGGUGUCGAGAUGUUCCUUCUCGCGGACGGCUCGCUGCUCAUCAACGAGCUCGCUCCUCGCCCCCACAACUCGGGGCACUACACCAUCGAAGCGUGCGCGACCUCGCAAUACGAAGCGCACAUCCGGGCCAUCACCGGGCUCCCGCUGCGAGCACACUCCACCGCGCUUUCCACGCCCAGCACGCACGCGAUAAUGCUGAACCUCCUCGGCCCCAGCACAUUCGACAUCGCGCGCGCCGCACUGGACACCAAAGGCGCAACGAUCCACCUGUACGGCAAGACGGAAGCCAAGGUCGGGCGCAAGAUGGGGCACGUCACCGUGAUCGCUGGCAGCAUGAGCGAGGCCGAGUACCAGAUCGCGCCGCUGGUCAAGAUGUUCGACGACGAGAAGCAGGGCCGGUCCGUCGGCGUUGCGAUCCCGCAGGAAGCUGCCGCCGCCGGUCCCGCCCCCAGGAACCCCGUCGUCGCUAUCAUCAUGGGCUCCGACUCCGACCUGCCCGUCAUGAAGGCUGGCGCCGAGAUCUUGAAGAUGUUCGGCGUCGACUUCGACGUAACUAUCGUCUCCGCCCACAGAACCCCGGACAGGAUGUGCACGUUCGCGAAGGAGGCGCGCGCACGAGGCCUCAAGGCGAUCAUUGCGGGUGCUGGAGGCGCCGCGCAUCUGCCCGGUAUGGUCGCCGCUAUGUGCACGCUCCCGGUCAUCGGUGUCCCCGUGAAGGGAAGCGUGCUGGAUGGUGUCGACAGUCUGCACAGCAUCGUCCAGAUGCCGCGAGGCGUCCCCGUCGCCACCGUUGCCAUCAAUAACUCCACCAACGCCGCACUGUUGGCGCUGCGGAUCAUCUCGGCGGAGAACAGCGAGCUGGGACGUGAGCUGCGGACGAAGCUGCAGAAGUACGUUGAGGACAUGGAGGCUGAGGUUAAUGUCAAGAUCGACAAGCUCGAGACCGGAGGUUGGGAGGACUACGUCGUCAAGAAGUAGUUUCUCUUGGGAGGGCUCCGGUGCGGUAAAAGUUUGGCGUGUACUUUGUAUCUACCUAGAUGUUCGUAAAUUGUGUGAAUGCUGCUUAGAGAAACGGUGGACUUGUACGCUUGUAGGUGGUUGUACAAUACACACCGCACUUCGCCCAGUG